ACCUCUGGACACAAACUGCUCUCAUCAGUCUGCUGCUGUGACUGUCUCACUGACAACUCAACUGAAUGAACUCUCUGGCUGUCUGACUCUCCACUCAGAGCCUGAAGCUGUACACAUUUUCAGAUUCACAACACAAACUUUUUACUAGAGGAAGAGGAAGUAAUACCUUAAAUAACCGGAAAGCAUCUGGAAGUCUUCUGCUGCUGGCCGUUGAAGAUCAGUGGACAGGGAAGAAGUGCGGGAAAAAAGAGCCUUGCUCAAAGGCACCUCAACAAUAGCUGCUGAGGAAGAGAAGAGCAACCACUAACUUUCUCAGGCUAACUGCAAUUCCCUGCUUUGUAUCCUAAAUCAGGUGAUUCCUGAACCUGCAGAGCUGAGAGACAACCAGUGGGCGAGUUGAAAGAUCUGUGCUGAGCUGUAAUCAGUCAUGGCAGACUGGAGCUUGCUGGGAAACUUCCUGGAGGAAGUGCAGGAGCAUUCUACCUCUGUUGGCAAAGUGUGGCUGACCAUCCUGUUUAUCUUCCGUAUCCUGGUACUCGGGACUGCAGCUGAGUCAUCAUGGGGAGAUGAACAGGAAGAUUUCGACUGUGACACUGGACAGCCGGGUUGCGAGAACGUUUGUUAUGACCAAGCCUUCCCUAUAGCACAUAUACGAUACUGGGUGCUCCAGAUCGUGUUUGUGUCCACUCCCAGUCUAAUCUACAUGGGCCACGCCAUGCACAAUGUACGAAGAGAGGAGAAGAGAAAGAGCAGAGAGGAGGAGGGAGGAGAUGAGGAAGGGAAAGAGGACGACCCAGGAGGAGGUGAAGGUGGAGGAGAGGGAGAGAAACAGGGGAAGAAAGGCGAGAAGGACGGAGGAAAGGAAAAAAGAGAAGGUCUAUCAGGAGGUCGAAUCCGCCUCAGGGGAGCGCUGCUACAGACCUACGUACUUAGUAUUCUGAUACGAAUUAUCAUGGAGGUGGUGUUUCUGUGUCUCCAGUACUUCCUGUAUGGAAUCUUCCUCAAUCCUCUGUAUGUCUGCAAGGCUUGGCCUUGUCCACAUCCAGUAAACUGUUAUGUCUCCAGACCAACAGAGAAAAAUGUCUUCAUAGUGUUCAUGUUGGCUGUGUCGGCCGUAUCUCUGGUUCUCAGUGUGGUUGAACUGCAUCACUUGGCAUGGAGACACUGCUGCAGGCAGUUGCUCUUCAAAAGGAAGGCCGCCACCGCUGCUAACGCCUCGCUGGCCCGACAGCUCUCUUUGCCUCCUCCUCUGCCGCCAUCAACCCCACCUCCAGACUUCAACCAGUGUGUGAUUGGCUCCUCACACUUCCUGCCCAUCCCUUUCCCCAACCACCGUCUGGCUAACCAACAAAACACUGAGAACAUGGUCACAGAGAAGAACAAAAUGGCCACUGCCGUGGACGAGGUAAACAUCCUUCAGAUGAGCUGCUACUCGCCUGGAUGGCAGGAGACUAGUAACAAUCAGAUCCAAGAUGGUGGAUACCUGAGGACCGACACUAACUUCUACAGCCCUGGGAGCAGGGAGAUCAGCUGCCUUCAAAUCCAAAAUGGCGGACCAGACAAGCUGUUGCUUAGUCCGAAUGAAGGGCUCUGUCAGAAGGACAAACGAAGAUUCAGCAAAACCAGCGGAACGAGCAGCCGAACAAGAGCAGACGACCUCUCUGUUUAGAAAGAAAGCAGAAAGCAGGCCGAUUUAACUCCUCACACAUGCUAAUUAAACAUACUUGACCCUUUGAACACAAAAGUGUUUUGCACAAAAGCUAUGUGCACAUAGCUCUAGACAGCUGGAGGAAUCAGAGUCUAACGCUGAUUUUCUUUUUUGUCUUGAAUGCCAUUAAAAUGAGUGACUCCACUCCACUCUGCUACUUGAUUAGGAGACAGUUCAUUCAGACUUGCUUCCCUUAACAGACACAAAAUGGAGUGCUCAAAGAUUGCACUGAACUCCUGACUGAAAAUAAUCGGAUGUUGAGUGUUCAGAUUGCUGUUUAAAUGUGUUUUAAAGCCAAAAAACCAAACAGUAUAUGUAGAGUCAGUGCACAUUCAUCUGGAGAGUCAUGUUUAACAUCAAAUAUAAACACAGACAAUCCUUAAAAAUUGCUCCUACUGUGAUUGUGAUCAGAUAGUGAUGCGUUCACCAGAAUCUGUUACCUUUUGAAAAGAUUAUAUUGCACCAUUUGUCAGGGACAUGUUUUUGCACAAACUUUUAUACUAGAUCAUCAGCUAUAAUGAUGUAUCACAUUUUAUCUCUGUUUAUGGGAGCUGAUUUUUGGUGACAAUAUAGUUGCCCAUCAUUCUGAAGGACUCGCAAUUGCUACAAUUUAAUGCAAAUGUUCUCUCUAAAGGACGAUUUAUGACAAAUGUUAUUCUUCUCAGAGUUUUUGAGAGAAACAGCUAAUGGGAUAACUUGGGUCUGGUGUUAAUCUAUAGUUUUUACCACAGAGGAAGUCACAACAAUGGGGGUGUCAAGCAACACAACCCAAGUUUAACCUGUGGACUGAACUCACUGAUUUACUGGCUGGCAUUUACUAUUGUUGGACAGACUUCUUCUGGACUGACUUCUUCAUUUUACAGUGAAAUAAUGGGAACUUAACUGGUGUAACUUAAUUUACUGUUACUGUUAUUAGCACUCAGCAUCAGAGAAAAGUUUUGUUUGUCAUUAUUUUCACUGUAUAACCAAGAGUCUAAUCUGUUUGGGCUUGAUUGAGUUUUCACUGCAGCUGGGUCUGUUUUAGCCCAUCUGGAUGCAGAUGUUGGUCCAGCCGUUUCAUCAGUGGACAUGAAGAUAAAGCACAAAGGCUGAUUGCAUCUUAACACCAGCAUAUUUUUACAAUUUCUUGACUAUUUAACAGCUGUGUUUUCAUUUCUCAUAUAUGCCUAUAUAUGUUAGUGACACCCUAGUCACUUUGGCUGACCACUGGUGAGUUUCUACUGCACUGUAUUAUGGUAAUUUCACAGUAUGGCUAUAAAUCUAUCUGAACUGAAACACAAUGGACUACAAUCUCUAUCUGAAAUGAAGGUUGUAGAUUUUGUUUGCAGAUUGUAUUGUAGCUUAAUGUUUACUAGAGCACAAAAAAAUCCAAAUAUCAUUAGGUGAUUACUACUAUCAAUGAUCAUUUUAAAUGUGUGCACAUUUCCUGUAUUGUACUUUUAUAUUUAUUAUUGUACUUCAAUAAUGUGAAUUCUGUAUGUUUAAAAAGCUUUGCAGAUAAAAUUAUGAAA